UGUUUAUUUUACGUGCCCGAACAGCGGCUGAAUCGGAUGGUCCGAAAGUGGUUGUGUGUAAUACAAGCUGGAGCAAUAAAGUGAUUGUAUUCAUUUACGUGCAUAUUUUGAAGCAGUUCCGUAGCGAGAAGAUCAUUUAGAGAAACACUCGCCAUAUAAUGACGAUAUACAAUUUAUACAUUUUCGAUAAACUUGGCACUUUGUUGUACUACGGGGAAUGGAACCGUCUGAAGCAGUCGGGAAUCACAAAAGAUGAGGAAGCGAAGCUUAUGUACGGCAUGCUGUUUUCGAUCAAAUCGUUUGUCAGUAAAAUAUCCCCCAUCGAACCGAGGGAAGGCUUCCUGUACUAUAAGACCAACAAGUAUGCAUUACACUAUCUCGAGGUUCCUUCUGGGUUGAAAUUCGUUCUGAACACAGAUAACACAUCGACCGGGAUACGGGAGUUUCUACAGAACAUUUACACGAAGAUAUGGGUUGAGUAUGUCGUACGAAAUCCCCUGUGGACUAUCGGGACUCCUGUCACGUCGGACAUUUUUAAGACAAAGCUGGAUGACUUCGUGAAACAAUCGCCACUAUAUGGUUCAAAGAUAAUUUAAUCAGUCAACCACUUUUGUAUGUUUUGAACGUGUACGGCACGCGCGCGUGUUACUGAGGAUGGGUCAUUCGGGUUCGACGCACGCAAAUCAAUAUGAUGGGCACCCUCGGGGAUUAGCACGAUCUUGACAUUGUCAUUCGUUGACCGCAAUACACCGCCUCCGGACCAAGGAUCUAGUAGCCCAUUGCUGAAAACGAUAUUGGUGAUGCUCCCUCUGAAAUAGAGCACGGUUAAUCGAAGAAGCGUUCGAGUUGUUAACAAAUUUAAAUUUUGGUACAAGCUUCUUACAGCAUGAACAUUAAAUAACGAUAAAUAACCUAAAUACUUUUGUUGAAGACUGGUGUGUGAAUAAGUUAUAAAAUAAAAUGCUACGCAAAUCUGAUAUAA